AUGACUGCGGGCCGCACCCCGGCCAAGCCGCAGCGGCAGAGAGCAGCAGACGGCCUCUUCCGCUGCUACAGAUGCCCCGGCGAGUUUGCUGCUGCUGCAGCACGAGAAAAGUGCUGCCGCAGCUGUUUGCUGCUGCUGGUCCGGCGCGCCUUUGCUGCAGAGUUCGCUGGCUUGCGGCAGAAGCUCGCGGAAGAGCAGCAGCAGCAGCAGCAGCAGCAGCAGCAGCAACAGCAGCAGCAGCAGCAGGAUGGUAGCGCAUGCAGCAGCAGCAGCAGCAGCAGCAGCAGCAGCAGCAGCAGCACAGAAGGGCCGCCGCUGUACAUUGCGCUCUCAGGCGGAGACGCGAGCCUCUCGCUGCUGCACUUGGCGGCGGAAGCAGUUCAGAAGCGGCAGCAAGUGCGGCGCAUGCAGCAGCAGCAGCAGCAGCAGGGGGCUUUGCCUUCGAACUGGAAGCAGCAAUUAAGGCCCAGUGGCCCGCCCGUCCGGGCGCUGCGGGCUUUCUGCGCGCAGCAGCGGCUGCUGGGGUGUACGUACACCCCAGUUGUCUGCAGCGGCGAGUCCACUUCUGCUGCAGCUCUUUCGGUCUUGGAAAGAAUUUGCUACGGAGAGGGCAGACUGCUGGCCAUGGAGGCGGCCCCCGUGGACGACAGGGAGUGCCCCGUCUUCCGCCUGUGCCGGCCUCUGGUGUCUCUACACAAAAAGGAAUUGGCCCUUUUUCGCCUCUUCGAAAAACUCCCCCAAAUCUCCACAAAACCCUUUUCGCUUUUGGGGGACUUUCUGUAUGUUCCCAAGCCCCCACACGCCCUGGGGGCCCCCCAGGGGGCCCCCCCGGGGGGCCCCCGGGGGGGCCCCCAGGGGGCCCCCCAGGGCUGCCCUCAGGAGGGCCUCCAAGGGGGCCCCCAGGGGGGCCCCCAGGGGGAACCCCAAAAGGGCUUUCAAGGGGCCCCCGUUGGAGGGGGAGGGUUUGUUUUUGAAUGGGCGGAGUUCUGUGCUGCUGGAGCUUUGGGAGUUUCUGUCGGGGGUUUGCUGCAGCAACGGGGCCUCUCUUAA